AGAUUCCCGAAGCUUCCACGAGGCUGAACAGAAAGUAAACAAGAGAACGCCAAGGGAGACGCGGUGUAACCCAAGGCUUUUUUUAUUUUUUUAUUUAUUUCUCCUGAAGGAACUCACCGAACCACACUCAGGGCACUGCAGGUGUUCCAGAAGGUGCAACACACAGUCACCAAGAUGAGUAUGAUGACGCCCAGCAUUGAUCUCAGCUCCUACCGUGACCAGCACUUCAAGGGGUCACGGGUGGACCAGGAGCGCAUGUUACAUAGCACCAGCACCCUGUAUGUGGGCAACCUCUCCUUCUACACCACGGAGGAGCAGCUGUAUGAGUUGUUUGGCCGUGCUGGUGAUGUCAAGAAGAUCGUCAUGGGGCUGGACAAGUUUAAAAAGACGCCUUGUGGGUUUUGCUUUGUCGAGUACUUCACCAGAGAAGACUCAGAGAUGUGUAUGCGUUACAUCAACGGAACUCGACUGGAUGACCGGAUUGUGAGGACCGAUUGGGACGCUGGAUUUGUGGAGGGACGGCAGUAUGGAAGGGGCAAGAGUGGAGGCCAGGUGAGGGACGAAUACAGGACAGAUUAUGACAGUGGCCGGGGCGGAUACGGGAAGAUCGUCCAACAGAAGAUGCUCCCCAAGCUGACUUAGGACUGGUGGGGCGUGGCGGAGGUGGGACGUAAAGGGUGUGGUGGUGUGGAGAUGGGAUGUAAGGGGUGUGGUAGAGUGUGACAGAGGGCAUGAAGAUUUCUAAGAUUUUUCUUACUGCUUUAUUUACUUCUUGACUAGCUUUGUUUUCUUGAGAUUGGGGAUUGGAAGAGGUUCAGAUUGCAUUGGAUUAGAAGAUAAGAUUGUUUGGUGAUUGAAAAAGAGGGUGAUUUAUUUAUUUAUUUAUUUUGAUUUUUUUAUUUUAUUUUGUAUUGAAAUUAAAAGUUUACCUGUUUUUUUUUUUUUUUCUAUUUUUAUUAUUUAUGUAGAGUUGUCGUUUUUUAUUUGCAGUUGUCAGAGAAAGAUGAAUAAGUAAGACAGAUAGUUUGGUGACUGAAAGAGAGGAUUGUUUUGUAUUGAAAGAUGAAAAGUUACCCUGUUUUUUAUCAUUAUUAUUUUUUUCACUUAGAGUUGUCAUAAAGAAAAAAAGUUGAAUGAAUAAGAAAGAUUGAUUGAUGAUUGAAAAAGGAUUGUUUUUUCUAAUUUUUAUUCUUUGUUUUUAUUUAGAGUUGUCAUAAAGAAAAAAUUGAAUAAAUGUAGUUUGUUGAUUGAAAGAGAGGAUAUUUAUGUAUUGAAAGAUGAAAAGUUAAUCUGUUUUUUAUCAUCAUUAUUAUUAUUUUAUUUAGAGUCAUCAAAAAGAAAAAAGUUGAAGUAAUUUUCUUUUCUCUGAUUUUGUAUUCAUUAAAAAAAAAAAUAAUAAUUAGAAUUGAAGGAAAGCUUGAGAGAGAUAUGAAUUCUCCAGCUUUUGAAAUUUUGCAGGAGGAAUAGUGAGCAAGAUGGAGAGAGAAAAUAACUGUUUACAGGGAAGUGAUAAACAAUUUUUGAGGCAUUAAUCACAUCUAUUGCAUUGUGUCAGACAAGAGAUGAUGUAGACUUGAACCACAAAUACCCAUGGCAAACUAAAGAUAAAAGAACUUUUGAGUUUAUGCUGAGUCUGUGAAAAGAAAAUGGACUUAGGAAUAAUGGAUUUUGCUGGUGCAGUUGUUAGAGUGUAGUUUUAAAUCACAACUAUUAACUACCCAUAGAAAACUUAAAAAUUAGAAAAACAAUGCUGAUGUUUAUGUUAGGUCCUCUGAAAGAAUAUUGAAUUUGGAAGCAUUUCUGUUACUGCUGUUUCUGAAUUUACUCACUGAAGGUGUUAAAAUGUCUAGACCUACAGUGUAACAAUUAUAGAAGACUAGGGUACUUGAAAUGUGAAAGUUUAUGUUAAGUUGUCAAGAGAAAAUGAUGUUAAUUAUAAUUUUUGAAGUGCCCUGUGAACCAAACUCUUCUUUUUUAAUCUGAUCUCAGAAAUCAAUAAAGCUUUCAUGGUUCUGCUGA